AUGGCACAUGCCGGGCUUUUCGGUUGGGACCUGCCACGCCUUAGUCUUGGAGGGGAAAGCAUUAGGGAUCGAAUAGAGAUCAAGGACGAAACGAGCUCGGAGGAGCAGCCGAAACAUCCUGGAGAAUCUCCAGAGCGUUCCUCAGCCUCGGUGGUUUUAACAGGGGAGUGCACCAGAAAUGGAAUCAAGGUCCUUCCCCAGCCGACCGUGGACCCCUUGGACCCGCUCAACUGGAAGAAGUGGGAGAAGAAUACAAUCUUGGGUAUCGUUAUGUUCAACUAUUUCCUCCUUACGUACGCCACAUCCGUAUCCAUUCCCGCAUUCCAGUACGUCCAAGAAGCUUUUAAUCUGAGCUUCGACGAGGUCAAUAAAGGUUUAAGUCUCGGUGCUUUGGGCUGGAUAGUAGGGCCUAUUACCCUGACUUCCUUAGCCGACAUUUACGGCAGAAGAAUAGUUCAGGUUAUCAGCACAGCAAUAGCUCUAGUGGCCACAAUCGGUGUUGCCACAUCCGCCACAUUUCCGGGGUAUCUGAUAUCACGGUUCUUCCAGGGGUAUGGGGCAAGUCCGGCCAUGACUGUUGGAAUGGGCGCAGGUCUUCUCGUGGACUCUCUUGGGGUGAACUGGGACAGCUGGGUAUCAGCAAUACUAUUCGCAGUCUUGCUGCUUCUUCAGUUGUUCUUUAUGCCAGAGACGUUAUAUCCACGGAACUUCAUGCUCUGCAGGAUGCCGAAAAUCGGUGAAACAGCGGCAAUUGAUCAGGAGAAAGCCGCGCCAUACGCAAUAACCAUCGACGAAGUCACCCUAAAAAGGACCAAAGAUCUCCCAUUUCUAAACUUCAGGCCAGUUCCGGGCCUAGAGCACCCCAAGGUGUGGGACACCAUGCUCCGAUUUUUCCUCACGUUCAGGUUAUAUGUCGUGGUCAUCGCUUGUGUGGUAGUUUCCACGUUGGUAUAUUCUUGGGAGAUCGCCGUCCUCACUUGUUUCCCUCUUGCAUAUGGUGACGAAUCAGCGGCCACGCAGGCCUUGCUUUAUUUGGGACUGCUGGUGGGAACCGUGGCAUCUGAAAUCCUCUGUUCAGGGCGUCUGAGUGAUUGGAUAGUAACGGUGUUAGCCAAGAGGAACAAUCAUAUUCGAGUCCCGGAAUCGAGGAUCUGGAUUAUGUAUCCCGCUCUUCUUGCAACAGGUGCCGGUCUAGCGCUUUGGGGUAUGAGUAUCGGGAGGAAAUCGCAUUGGAUCGUGGGGCAGGUGGCAUUGUUCCUCUGUAAGGUCUCUGUAAGCAUCUUCCAGCAUUUUUUGGAAAUGACUGACGGAUUCUUCAUUUCUCCAUGGAUCAAGGCCUCUGGAUGGACGUGGACAUUCGCUGCUCAAGGAAUCAUGGUUGCCGGUGCUGUGGUUCCUGUAUUCGCGGCCCUCCACAAGUACGGCGCUCGCUUGCGAGCCAUGUCACCUCUCCCGUCCUGGGUCAAUCCUGAGUAUGAUACGCCGAACUGA